UUUACCUUCCAUUCUUUUUCGUUUUCAUUUUUUGUCCUCAUUUACAAGCAUGCCACCUAAACCCACAAGCAACCCCCCACCAACAAGCACAACCACAAAACCCAAACCCAAACCAAAAAAACAUCCCAAUCCUCUCGCAAGAAAAUACGGACAUCACCUCACACCCAAAACAAGCGAAUCCCUUUCCACCCUCCGAAAACAAGUACGAGAUGCUCAGCGGUUAUUGAAAAGGGAUUCACUACCGGCGACACAACAACAGGAAUUGCAACGGAAAGUCAAGGCGUUGAAAAUACAGAUUGAGGAUCGGAUGCGGUCGAGUCGGGAAGAGAAAUUGUGGGCAAAGUACAAGUAUAUUCGGUUUGUGGAACAAAAGAAAUGUACUCGAAAACUCAAAGCCCUACGUACACAAUUAUCUACGCAGGACACAAAGGACCCGACGGCGCUCCACGAAGCCGAGACGAACCUUGCCUAUACAAUACACUAUCCGGCGGAUUUAAAGUACAUUUCCUUGUUUCCCAAAGAAGGGAUGCAGGAUCCUGUGACGGAUGCGCGGCGCAAGAGGAUUUGGGAGGUUGUUUCGGGGCGGGUGCGGAAUGGGGGGUUUGGAAAGGGGGAGGUGUUGCGAGGGCGAGAUGUGUUUGGGGAGAGUUCCAAAGAGGAGGAGGAGGAUGCAGUGGAGGAAUCAGAAAAAGAGGAAGAGGGAGAUGACUUUUUCCUUGAAUGAAGGGAGUCCGAAUCAUUUGUAUCCUCACACCGCUAUCUGGGGGUUCUUUGUUUUUUCAAGACGUGUUCUGCGCUUUCCACCACUCGAAAUACCCCGCAACAAACUCUUCCUGUCGAACCGUUUCAAUCGCCUUUCGACUUCUUCUGGCUCGUACGUACGUGAUUGCUCGUAAGGGUGUCCGAAUGUAUGCGUUGCGGAGUAAGUAACAGCAUGCCAAGACUCCCGCCCGACCUACACCUUUUUAUACAUUUCAAUAAAACAUUUCGUGAGAC